AUGAAGAUUCGUUUGGUUGUAUACACUGGCGGAAAGUGGGAAAUCGUUAACGGAAAGUUGGAGUAUGUUGCUGAUGCUGAUUCAAGUAGACGUGGUUUAGAAAUUGAACCCAACCUUUCAUACACCGCUCUUUUAAGUAAACUGUCAAACAUUUGGUUUGGUGUUGGAUCAUCUGGUUUUUCAAGUCCAAAAAAAUUUUUAGUUCCUGAUUUAAAUUUUUGUACUGAUGAAGAAAAUUAUGAUGUUGUAAACGACUCCCAACCAAAUCCUGAUAAUUCUUUCGAAAAUUGUUCGCGAUCUUCAUCAAUUACUUUUGAACCAGGUCACGUAUUUAAUAACAAAGAAGACAUGAAACUUGAAUUGGGAAAAAAAUGUUUGUUAGAACACUUUGAGUUUAAAGUAGAUAGAUCCUCUAAAACUCGGUACCAGGUGUCAUGUUUGGUCGACGGUUGCGGUUGGCGUUUCCGUGCAAGGAGUUUUGGAGAUAGUGGGGUGUUUUUUGUUAAGAGUUUUAACGAUAAACACACGUGCUCGAAGACGCUAACGUACCCACAUGUUCGUCAGGCAAACCCACAUGUUGUUGCUCAUUAUUUAAAAGAACCUUUAAAAGACAGUGGAAGAAUAUAUCGUUGUAAUGAAAUAGUGAAAGAUUUCAGACAGAGAUUCCAAGUUGAGAUAACCACUAGUCAAGCUUGGCGUGGAAAAAGUCUGGCACUAGAGCUUUUACAAGGAUCAAGCAGAGAGUCGUUCGCAGAACUACCACUUUACUGUUACAAUCUUGAGCGGGCAAAUCCUGGUUCUGUUACACAUAUCAAGACUGAUCACGAGCGUCGGUUUGAGAUGGUCUUUGUCGCGAUUGGUGCUGCGAUUCGUACCUUUAUAUGCAAUUUAAGACCGGUGGUGAUCAUUGAUGCUGCACACCUAAAGGGUGAAUUUAAGGGGACGUUAUUUUUAGCUGUUGGAAUGGAUGGAAACAACCAAAUUUUACCAAUUUCCUACGGAAUAGGAAAAUCAGAGGAUGGUGAAUGUUGGACAUGGUUUCUGUCAAAGCUUAAAGAAUGUAUCGGUGAAAUACCUGAAAUGGCCAUAAUUUCGGAUAGAGCGAAUUCUAUACAUCUGGCUGUUAGAAACGUCUUUCCACAUGUUUAUCAUGGGUUAUGCUGUCGUCAUUUAAUGAUGAACCUACGUUUACCCUCUGAUAAAAAAAAAGAAAAUGAGAAGUUGUGGUGGAAGACAUGCAAAUCGUACCGAUUGUCUGAUUUUAACGAGUCAUUUAAUGCUCUUUGUCUUGCCGUUCCUAGAGUGCGACACACUCUAACAAGUAUUGGGUUCGGUAGAUGGGCACGGGCGCAUUGUCCAGGCAAUCGAUAUCAUUAUAUGACAUCUAACAGCGCGGAGUCUAUUAACGCUUUAUCUAGACACUCGCGUAAAAUGCCGGUAACACAACUCUUAGAGUUCUUCCGGCAAUCUGUACAAAAGUGGUUUUACGAUCGCCGUUUGCAAGGUAUACAUGAAAAACAUUUACUUACACAGUGGGUUUCUGGUUUACCAUGCGGGCAUGUUAUCGCCGUUUCAAAAUUUUUAGGUGAAACCGACUGCAGUAAGUAUUGCUUCCCGUGUUACUCCAACGAAGUCUAUAAGAAAACUUAUGAAGAAGCGAUUUAUCCUCUCCCGCAUAGAUCUGAAUGGGAGACUCCAGAAGACCUUAUCAAUCUUCAACCGCCACAUAUGACAAAGCGCCAGGCUGGUCGUCCUCGAGAAAACAACCGAAUCUUAUCCCGCGGGGAAGAACCUACUCCCCUCUAUUGUUCCCGAUGUAACUCAUAUGGUCAUCAUCGGGAUGUAUGUCGGCAGCCCAUGCCGUCAGAAGUUCGUACUCGCAAACACCCAGACAAAGGGAAAGGGAAAGAAACCGAUAAUCCUGAUGAUUUUACACAAUCUCCUGCUGAUUAUAUGUAUCCGUCUUUCAACUUGGGAGACUUUUAA